UGGUACGCAGGAUAUGAGCAGUUUGUCAAACGCAACCUGACUCUGCUCCCACACCAGCAAGCCAGUCAGCCGCUGCAUCAGCCACAGCAGCCCUUGCAGCCAACACUGAGCCAUUCACAGCAGCCUGACCUGAUAAUGACAUCCAUGUUCGAACAACAGAUCAAGAGCGAGCCCAUGGGUUUCUAUUCGGUGGCAUCCAGCAGAUCUGAUGGCUCCAACUCCAUGGUCAACCUGUCGGACGACAGAGAGGAACUGUCCCAGCAGGAAGGCCACCUGCAAGCGCAGCAGGGCUUGGUGGUACACCAGCACCAGCAGCAGCAAAUACAGGAGCACCACCAGCAGCAGCUGCAGGAGCACCAGCAUCAGCAGUCACAGGAGGAGCACCUGGGUCAACAAGAGCUGAGCCAGGAUGAGCACAGCCCGAUGAUGCAUCACGAGGAAGAGUUACAGCAGCAGUCGGACGACAGGCAGUCGACUGGGUCGCAGCCGGGCAAGGAGGCCAGCCGGUCGAAGCCGCAGCCGUGCAAGGUCUGCGGCAAGGUGCUGUCCUCAGCCUCGUCCUAUUACGUGCACAUGAAGCUGCACUCAGGCAACAAACCCUACCACUGCACCGUCUGCGAGGCGAGCUUUUGCCGCAAGCCCUACCUGGAGGUGCAUAUGCGCACCCACACGGGCGAGCGGCCCUUCCAGUGCGAGCUCUGCCUCAAGCGCUUCACACAGAAGAGCAGCCUCAACACCCACAAGCGCGUGCACACCGGCGAGCGGCCUUACUCUUGUGACAUCUGCCAGAAGCGCUUCGCUGUCAAGAGCUACGUCACGGCACACCGUUGGUCCCACGUGGCCGAGAAGCCGCUGGUUUGCGAGCGCUGCUCGCUCACCUUUACCUCCAAGAGUCAAUUCGCCAUCCACAUACGCACCCAUACGGCCAGCACCACCUUCGAAUGCAACAUCUGUGGGCGUACGUUCGUGCGCGACAGCUACCUGAUUCGCCACCAGAAUCGCGUGCACCGCGAGCUUUCGCAGCAGGCCUCGCAGCAGACGGCGCAGCAGCAACCUCAACAGACGUCGGUGGCCAGUCAUGAGCCCGGCACGCCGCAUAGCUCAGGCGCCGCCACGCCCGGCGGCGGAUUCGAGAGCCCCGUCUGCGACCUACGCUACGCCGAGGGCCCGUCCAGCUUGGAGGCCCUGCAGACGGCCAAGCCCGGCCAGGUGAUUGCCGCCGAGAUCGCCAGCCUUGCAGCCAAGCAGAGCAGCCUGCAGCUGCCGCUGCCGCUGCUACACCCGCAGACCACCAACUAGUGCUCGCCUCCGCCGCCCCCGCGCUGCUUCCGCACGAGCGACUCGCCCUCGCCGCCCUACCGCCAACAGCAGCAACAGCAGCAGCAGCAGCAGCAGCAGCAGCAGCAGCAGCAGCAACAGCAGCAGCAGCCGCCGCCGCCGCCGCCGCCACCGCCACCGCCGCAGCCGCAGCAGCAGCCACAGUACCACUACCAUCAGCAGCAGAGCCUGCACCCCGCGCUCUAUCUCUACGCCCAGUACGCCAAUGGCAGCCCGGCAGCCCUGCCCUACUCGGCGGACUACGCGCAACACGAGUUUUUCAUAGGAAAAGUAUCUAGUAAUGUAAACAAAAGUAAAGCUGAACAAAAUAAUAAUAAUAAUAAUAAUAACAACAGUAGUAACAAUGGUAAUAAUAGUAAUAUUAAUAAUAUUAACGACGAUAUUGACGUGACGAGUAUAAGCAAACGAACGAGCAUACGCGGAGAAUAGGCGAGUGCCGGGAUCGUUGAUAGAUAGACCAAUCAGUCUCAAGUGCAAACGACGCGAGCAUAGCGGCGGCGAUUCGGAUCUCAAGUGUAAGAAUCUGGGCGCGGAGGCCGGUACGUUCAAAGCCAACAACGACAGUUGUAAGAACCAGUCAAAGAUACAAAGAAGCUACACGGGCAGCGAGAACGCGCGAUACCUACACAGUUUUCACCGACAUAUCCUACAUUACAUCCUCGAAGCUAGUUACAGCAGAGUGUGUACUGCGUUUUCACUAGCUAUUGCGUAUAUACGUGUUAUAUAGGCUAUUUUAUGUGUAAACAAUAAUGCGUAAAAUUAUCAUACUGUACGAUGCAUCAUAGAUACAUAUUCCGUAUGACAAUGGUACAAUUAAGGCAAAUGUGUACUGUACAUAGCUCUGUCACUUACCCACUACCCAUCCGCAUA